GUGAAUAUUAUAUUACAUGGAAAGCUAUCUUAGGAAUCGUAAAAUACUGCUUUGAAAACAUGAAAUCGCUGAAAGCGCAAAUGAAGAAAAUGUGAAAUUUUGACAUGGUUUCAAUCCAAUGAAGUGAAAGGAGAUGGUGAUUAAUUUAAAGGCAAGAGCUUGAGGUCUCAACUUGACGUAUCUAAAACUUGUUCACGAGGUGAACGCGAGACAGUUAGACAACGAAAUGCUUUGUGAAACCAAGGGUAGUCUAGAAUCCUCGUUUGAACUGACUCAACAAACGAAAAGACAGCUCACGCUUAUUUGUUUUGGAUUACGUCGAUUUGCAGCAGGCAUUGAAUAUAGUAUUAUCCUACCUUCAGUUUACUUUUAUUUGAAAUCAUUCAAUGUUGGAAACUAUUUCUUGGGUUUGGUUCUAACCGCAGACACCCUUGUUGCCUUCUGUCUUUCGCCUUUAGUGCAACUACUUUGUGAGAAAUGGCAACGCAUCCGAUUACUUGGCUUUCUAGCUAACUUAUUUCAAAUAGGUGGCAGUAUGGUUUAUGCCCUAUCCUUGUACUUCUAUUUACCACUUGUUGGUCGCCUCAUAUCGGGUGUGGGUCAAAGUUUCAGUGCUGCUUUGUACGCAGAAGUAAAAUUCUUAACCAGUUCUGAAGAACGCGGUCGUGUUAUGAUAUACAUGGAAGGUAUUCGACUAUUUGGUGUUGUCAUUGGUCCAGGAAUGAACUUCUUCGUUAAAGAUUUCGACCUAACCUUCGGACCUUGGGUGAUUGACGAGCGAACUGCCCCAGGCUUCUUUAUGGCCAUCGUCUGGCUGUUAAUCGAAGCCAUUCAUAUAUUUACCGUCUAUGACUUACGUUCUGAUCCGAAAUCUUAUCGUGAAUUACGUGGACACGAUGAUGAAAAUGGUACAUCAUUGCAAUUGGUCGAGAUGAAAAUGUCCGAAGUCGAUGAUGAACAACCACAAUAUGUUGACGAUGACAAAAGUAGCAGUAAAGGACCAACAGAAGAAAUAACAACUAUGGAAGAAGAAACUGGUCAACCAAGACAAACCAUACCAAUCAUUGAUGAAGAGAGCUUCACCGAGAAUGUCGAUGAAAUGUUACCUGACAAUAACUCAGGAAUUUUUAAGCUGUUGUUUAAGCGAGACAUAAUGUUAAUUCUUGUGUGUCAGUUUGUUAUGUUCUUCAACCAAACGUCAUUUGAAAUACUCGUGUUGCUUGUUGGCGUCAACCAACUAGAUUUUGAUAUAAAUAUACUUAGUACUAUUUUCAUUGUGGCAGGUGUCGAGAUGGUAGCUGUUAUUAUAUUGGUGUGGUCAGCCAAUCAGAGUUUGGAUUCAAAAUAUCUUCUUCAUACGAGUGUUUCUGCUGGAAUAAUUGCGUCCUUUGCAAGGCUUGCUGUCGCUUUUUCCGAUCAAGGAUCGAAAGGAUGUCUUGUUAUGUCAAUAUUAAUGGGAAUUUUCACUAUUAUAGGAACACCGACCGCAAGUAUUGCCGGCAAAUCAAUUCUUCCCAAGUUAACCCAUCCCCAGACCCACGUUUUCUAUCAAACAGCGUUUGCCACCUCGCAACAUCUUGGACUUAUUACAGGAUCUUUAGUUACAAGCGUAUUGUACCAUUAUCUUAUUGUCUUUAGUUCCGUGGUGAUAACUGUGUUGCUGGUUGUGUACCUAUUGCUCUUGCCAACUGUUGAAAAAAUGAAAAUAACAGCACGUGGCUGUGGGACUUCGUAAUGAACAUUUAAUGAAACUAUUUGUGUGUAACGAAACUUGCGUGAAGCACUACUCUAAAUUUUUAUGUCCAGAAGUAUUGUUUAAAUUCGACCUCAAAAUAUAGUGAAUGGUUGUGAGCUGUC